AUGGUGGAUAUAAACAUUGUUAAACUUAUUUUUUUUCAUAUUUGUAUAUUAGAAGGUCUUACACAAUAUGAUGAAAAUUUUUGGGAACAAAGCGGAAAAUUUGAAGGCGAUAUUGAUAUUGAUAUGGUAGACGUACGAAAUGGUUUAAAAGACACAAAACACAGAUGGCCAAAUGGAAUUGUGCCGUAUGAAAUUGAAAAAGAUGAUUUUUCCGAUGAAGAAAUUGACGAAAUCAAAAAUGUGAUUAAAUAUUAUCAUAAUGAAACUUGUAUUCAAUUUAAAAAACGUGACGAUACAGACGAUGCAUGGCUUACAUUUCGAGGUGAUAAUGAAGGAUGUUAUUCUUCUGUUGGAAGAAAAGGUGAUGGAGGACAAACAAUCAACUUGAAACCUCCAAAAUGUGUGAGAAAAGGGAUUAUUACACAUGAAAUGUUACAUGCUUUAGGAUUUUUCCAUCAACAAAGUUCAACGGAGAGAGAUGAUUAUGUAACAAUUCUUUGGGACAAUAUAGAAGAUGGUAAAGAACAUAAUUUUUUAAAGUACAACGCAUCUACUGUAACAAAUUUUGGCUAUGAAUAUGACUAUCAAAGUGUGAUGCAUUAUAGUGGAAAAGCUUUUUCAAAAAAUGGAGAAAAUACAAUUGUCGCUAAGAAUGAAAAUACAACUCUUGGGCAACGGAAAGGCUUCAGUGAAUUAGACCUAACAAAAUUAAAAGCGAUGUACAGCGAUGAAUGUAAAAAACGUCAGAAAGAUGCAUCAUUGGUCGAAGAUAUUAAUUCGUUGUGGACAAUGAUAACAAAACACUAAUUUUCUUUAAUUAUCGAAAUAAACAUUGAA